UGUAUAUAUAAUGUUACAUCAUCGAUAAGAUAUGAUUCUCAAAUUGAAUAUCGGCUAGGGAUGACGACGGGGAUGGCAGGAUUCGGCGAGGAAGAAAGUGGGAUCUCAGACAGUGAGAUCAUAGAGGGUUUUCUGCGGCCAAAGAUUGAAGGAGAAGCAGUGGCGAUUCCGGGAUUGAUAGUGGAAUUGGGGGAGGAGUUGUACACUCGAGAGCCAUGGCUCCUUCCGCAGACAGCCCAUCCCAUCCUUAACCCUCGAGAGUGGCUCUACUUGGGGAAACCGAAUCGGAAUAAUUUCCCCGUUGAAGGAGUUGAUCACGAAGGGUGUUGGGUUCGCAUUGGAAGUGCCAUCUUGAUCCGAUCCGAGGAGACUGAUGAAAUAAUUGGGGGAACGUCGAGAUUCAGAUAUCGCUUCAGGAACAAGGGGGACAAACAUGCUCUGAGAUGUUUCGGGUGAAGGACCCUGGCCUAA